CUCUAACCUGAUUCCAGCCUCUUCACUUUACAGGUGAUGUCUCUCUUUGGAAGGCACUAGGCGAGGUUCGGGAAGCCCAGGCUCGGAAGAUACAGCUCCAGAGAUCUAUAUAUAUUUAUUUUUCUUUCUGGCAAAGCAUUGGAAGACCUUUGGUGGAACAUGUCGAACGAGAUUGAUUUCAGGUCGGUGCGCCUUCUGAAGAACGACGGGAUGGGCUUCCAAAAGUUCUCCUGCAUGAAUGAAGACGAGGCUUGGAAAACUUACCUGGAGAACCCUCUGACGGCGGCCACCAAAGCCAUGAUGAGGGUCAACGGAGACGACGAAAGCGUGGCCGCCCUGAGUCUCCUCUGCGACUAUUACAUGAUUCCAAAGGAGAAACGUUAUGUCCCAUCCGGAAACACAGGGCGCAAUGACAUCGGAAAGAGGCACUGCCACGUGAUGGAUUACGAACCUGACAUUUCCUCCUUCGAAAAUUCGGCUCAGCUGAUGAAGCUCCUGGCGGAGAACGUCUCCGUGAGCCAGGAAUACACCGACUUGCCCAAGAAGAACGGCUUGGUGCUGGAUGGCCUCCCGGCUCCCCACAAGCCCCCCGCUUUGCCCCCGGGUCCCAGCAAGAUGGAAGCCAACCCGGCGGAGAGCUACAUGAUCCCCUCCGGCGACGUCUACGACAACGGCUCACUCCAUUCCCUCUUCGACGCCAUCCACGUGGCUCCUCCGCAGCAACGGUGGCAGCCGGACAGCACCUUCAAGGAGGACCCGCAGGAGUCCCUGAUCUUCAAUGACAUCCUGAAGACCCAGCCGGAAGUGCCUUGUUCGGAAGGUUAUUCCCUCAAUGAUGCUAAAAGUGACUUUGAAUACACGCUGGGAUCCCCGAAAGCCAUCCACAUCAAGUCGGGCGAAUCCCCCAUGGCCUACCUCAACAAGGGACAGUUUUAUCCGGUGUCGCUGAAGACGGUUGGCGAUACCAAAGGUUUACAUUUGUCCUCCGACAAAGUGAAAAGCGUGGUGAUGGUGGUUUUCGACAACGAAAAGAUCCCCAUGGAGCAGCUCAAGUUCUGGAAGCACUGGCACUCGCGGCAACCGACAGCCAAGCAGAGAGUCAUCGAUGUCGCUGACUGCAAAGAGAAUUUCAACACCGUCCAGCACAUUGAGGAGGUGGCUUACAAUGCCUUGUCCUUCGUCUGGAACGUUGCAGAAGAAGCAAAGGUCUUUGUUGGGGUGAACUGCUUGAGCACGGACUUCUCCUCCCAGAAAGGGGUCAAGGGUGUCCCUCUGAACCUCCAGAUCGACACCUACGACUUCGGCACCGGGACCAACCGCCUGGUCCACCGGGCCAUCUGCCAGAUCAAGAUAUUCUGCGAUAAGGGAGCAGAGAGGAAAAUGCGGGAUGACGAACGCAAACAGUUCAGAAGAAAAGGGAAAUGUCUGGACGCCAACAAUAACAGUCUGAAAAGCUGCUUGGUGUCGGGCUUCCGAGGCAACGAAAUCACAUACCUCAAGCCCCAGGCCGAUUUGGAGACGCAGCCCGUUUUGUUCAUCCCCAACGUCCAUUUCUCUAACCUCCAGAGAUGUGCAACUGUUUUACCUGCGUCUGGAGUGCCGCAUGACCCUAGCAGGUUGCCUCUGAAGCGGAGCUGCUCUUCUUUCCCAGAUGACUUCAACCCCUUGGCUUCCAAAAAGGCAAAAGGCGAAGACCCGCAACGAGUCCUGCUCUACGUGAGAAGAGAGUCGGAAGAAGUUUUCGACGCUCUCAUGCUGAAGACGCCUGACCUCAAAGGCCUGAGGAAUGCGAUUUCAGAAAAGUACGGUCUCCCUGAAGAAAGCAUCUACAAAGUCUACAAAAAGUGCAAACGAGGAAUCCUUGUCAACAUGGACAACAACAUCAUCCAGCACUACAGCAACCACAUGGCCUUCCUGCUGGACGUGGUCGAGGCGGAGGAGAAGUUCCAGGUGACCCUCAAGGAGCUUUGAAGCCCCGACGGCUGCGCUUCUUUCUGCCAGAGCCACGGACUUCCCAGACACCGCCAUCGGCCAGGACGGCGAGACUCGAACCCGGUCCCAUUUGGGGAAAAGAGAGAUUGAGAGACAGAGACGGACCAUGGCACGGCUCAACGUGCGAAGAGUGCCUGGAAGAUCCAUUCGCAAUGUGAACGUGGAACUUCUGCCUAUUGUGUUCUUUGUGGUUGUUAUUAUUAUUUUAUACUUUAUUAUUAUUAUUAUUUUUAUUAUUGUUACGAUCCUCUGCCAGGCAAGGGAUUUGGAGCCAUGGUAUCCUUUUCCGCUCAGGAAAAGCACUGAGUUCUGGCAGGAUUGGCGGGAGAACGUGGUCUCGAACCAACGAUCACAACAAAAGCAAGAAUUGUAACAACUCUGUCUCUUUUGGAGACCUUGGUCUCGAACCAACGAUCACAACAAAAGCAAGAAUUGUCGGAUUAUAUGAAAGAAAUCGUAAAAGCUUCGAUCCUGUCAUUAAAAAUUGAAAGGGGUUGUGUUUCAUGGAAGAAGCAACAAGAAAAUACCAAAGGGAAAAAUCCCUCUGUAUCCACAGAUUCAGCAUCCACGGAUUCAAUCAACCACAGCAAACCCUGAUAUUGUCAUUUUUUGUAAGGGAUGUUAUUGUGCCGUUGUAUAUAAUGGGACUUGGGCAUCCAUGGGUUUUGGUAUCCACAGGGGUCCUGGGACCAUAUUCCAAUGGAUAUCUCGAUGAUCCAUUGUUUUGCCAUCCGGAUCAACUUUUCCAUGGACAACCCUAAAAGCCAUAUCUGGAAACACCCCAUAACCACUGUGCCAGCCUUACUUAGUAGGCAUGUCCGAUCGAUGAAAAAAAUGUUUCAAUUCCCGUUUCUAAAUUAGGGGGCGCUGGCGCUUCGAUAUAGAAAGUAUUUCCGAUUUUUUUCACCCAAAAAUGUUGGAUCUUUCCGAAAAUUCGUAAUGAUUCUAAAUGUUUCUAAAAUGGCAGACGCGCAUGCGCAAUCGCCCAAAAAAGGAACCGGGGGGGGGGGGUGUUCCUCAUCAAAUUUGCAAUGCCCUUGCAAGUUGUGCAAAGAUACUUUGAAAACUAGAAAUUCCUUUGCUAUAUUUGUAAGCAAGAAGGACACUGGAAAUCAAUGGUGUAUCUGGCUAUGUAAUCCCACAAGCCUCAACCCAAUGCCUUCAAUUAUAAAUGGACCAGUGACCACCACGCCAAGCAAUGCCCUGGCAAGGAGUGCAAAGAUACUUUGAAAACUAGAAAUUCCCUUGCUAUAUUUGUAAGCAAGAAGGACACUGGAAGUCAAAUUUGGGGGGGGGGGGGGGGAAUUAACUAAACAUUAAGAGACAAUUAGAGAAAGGGCCAACAAUGGUUAGAAUUACAUUACUGGUUGCGCUGUGAGACAAUGUCUCGGAAUGCGUAUCAAAAAGCGAGAACAAUCCGAAAUAAAUCCGAUAUAAGAUUCAAAACGAUUUUUUGGACAUGUCUAUUACUUAGUUUGCCAUCACUGCCUUACUUCUUGCCUUCAGAAUCCGCAAUGUAAAUAACCCCCAACACACAUACCUGGCGAGCGGGACUGUUUUAUACAUUUCCAACCCCUCCUUUUUUUUUUUUGGUUCGUUUAUUUGAUAAAUGAAUACCUAAAUGUAUUUGUGUAACGAGCUCUUGUUUUAUAUGGAACAUGACGUGGAGGAAGGUAGAGCAUUUCAAAACCAGGCUGCUUCACAUUUUCUCAAGGUUGUCAUUGUAUAUUUUCCUCCUGCUUUGUUCGUUUGUUUUGUAACUUUUUUUUUUUUGGAAUGUUAUACUACUGUAAUAAAGAUUGAAAGAUGGAACG